AUGCUUCCUUUGGGGGGCCGCAGCACAGCGAUCUUCGUCGUCACGACUAUUUUUCUGGGUAUCUCGUUCAUUUCCGUCUCCCUACGAUGCUUUGUCCGGCUUUGGAUCGUGAGGGCCUUUGGCUGGGACGAUGCCAUGAUGGUUUUUGCAAUGAUGUUGAAUAUACUGUUUGCCGUGUGCGGCAUCAUCGGCGCUCUGUACGGAAUAGGCCAGAAGUUUGCCCCUCUCUUUGCGCGAGGGACUACCGAAGCAGCGAUGUUUUGGUGGUGGCUCGGUCAAUGCAGCUACGUCUGGGUAGUUGUAAUAGCCAGAUUAGCCAUCGCCAUGGCCCUCCUCCGUCUAACAGUCUCCCAUGUGCACCGGCUCAUCCUGUACGCAUCCAUAGGGGUGACAUCGAUCGUCAGCAUCGUUUUCUGGUUCAUGUUGACGCUGCAGUGUCAACCGGUCUCGUAUUUCUGGCAACGAGUUCGGCUGAUCAAUGAUCCGAUGACCCCCAUCCACGGUUCUUGUAUGAAUCUCAACCGCAUCAUCGCAAUGGCCUAUGUCUAUAGCGGCACCGCCGCUGCCUGCGAUUUUACUCUGGGCCUCUUGCCCUUUUGGAUCGUAUGGAAGCUGCAGAUGAAUAGAGGCACUAAGGCCGCAUUGGCCGGCAUUCUGGGCAUGGGUUGCGUUGCCAGCGCUGCCGUAAUUAUCCGCAUCCCAUACCUCAAGGACUACAAUGACCCCGAUUUCUUAUACGCAACCGCCAACAUCUCCAUCUGGUCUAACAUCGAAGCCAGCCUGGGCAUCGCGGCAGGCAGUAUGGUCACUGUGCGCCCACUGUCCCGCUGGUUCCGUGACUCUAGGAACCCUAGAUAUCGCAUGCGCGCCGACCGCACGCCGAUUGUCUUGAGCGCGGUGCGGUCCGCUUCGUCAUCGGCUCCGCAAUACUGGCGUUCGGACAUCGAACCGGAAGGCGUGCUCACUACAGUCCAGACCUCGGAUCAACCAUAUCGCAUUAGCAGCCAGGAAACAUUGAAUCCUCACGAGGAUGAGCUUUACCAUGGCGUGAACGUGCGCAGGAUGUUUGUCGUCUCAGCAAACGCUAAGACGUAG